AUGGUUCCAAUAUAUACGAAAAUAAAUAAAGAGCUAAUUCAGAUAUAUUAUAUUGUUAACAGCUAUGGAAAUGCAAAUUCUGUAGUUCUCGAAGUGCAAGGUGCCAAGAAUGUCAUUAGUGCUGGUAGAGAAUGUAAAGUGAAACGCUUGAUUUAUAAUAGCUCUGUGGAUGUAGUCUUUGAUGGUUUCCAUGAUAUAUAUAAUGGAGAUGAAUCAUUGCCAUAUCCAUGCAAAGGGCUAGAGAAGAGAAGAAGACCAGCGGCAGAAGCAACCGUUGUCGCUGUCAUCGUUCAGGCCUUGAGGGUCAGAGAAGCUUCGUCGCUGUUUGCAGUCGUCGUCAUCGAGAGAGACGUCGUCACUGGGAGCCGAGAAGCAAUGCACCACCAUCGUGACUCUGAGGAUAGGGAGCAAUGA